UGCACCGCAGCGGCCUUAGCGCUUCCUUCUUCCCACAGUGCCUUGCGACAGCUCGUUCAGCCGCUGUACGGCGAUUAUCUGCAGCUCCCAGUUGGGGCUGAUGCUUUUUCCCGGUGUGUGCGGUACAGCGCUCCGGUCACCAUGCAGGAGCUCAUCGCUUGUGUGGAUCACAUUCGCUUCGACCUGGAGCUGGCUGUGGAGCAGCAGCUGGGGGCACAACCGCUGCCAUUCCCGGGCAUGGACAAGUCCGGGGCAGCUGUUUGCGAGUUCUUCCUGAAGUCCGCUUGCAGCAAAGGGGGUAUGUGCCCUUUUCGUCACAUUAGUGGGGAGAAGACUGUGGUCUGUAAGCACUGGUUACGAGGGCUUUGUAAAAAAGGGGACCAGUGCGAGUUCCUGCAUGAAUAUGACAUGACCAAAAUGCCAGAGUGUUACUUCUACUCCAAGUUUGGUGAGUGCAGUAACAAGGAGUGCCCUUUUUUACAUAUUGACCCAGAAUCAAAGAUAAAAGACUGUCCCUGGUAUGACCGAGGCUUCUGUAAACAUGGUCCUCUAUGCAGGCAUCGGCAUACACGUAGAGUCAUUUGUGUCAACUAUUUAGUAGGAUUCUGUCUGGAGGGUCCUAACUGUAAAUUCAUGCACCCCCGUUUUGAAUUGCCUAUGGGAACGACUGAACAACCUCCUCUACCUCAACAGACCCAGAACCAGCAGAAGCAAAAUAACAACCAGUCAUCACAGAGAUCAUCCUCACUCAUCCAGUUAACAAGCCAGAGUUCACCUCUUGGUCAGCAGCGGUCUCCACAGACCAUUGGUGUAAUGCAGUCACAGAACAAUAACAUAGGAAAUCGGGGGCCAAGACCACUCGAUCAGGUUACCUGUUAUAAGUGCGGUGAGAAGGGACAUUACGCCAACAGAUGUACAAAGGGUCACUUAGCGUUUCUGAGUGGACAGUGACUGAAGCCCUACAUGUUUUACGGAUGCAGAUGUUUAAGGAGUGAAAGCAUUUUCUUAAGUGAAGAAAUAAAAGGACACUGGGCUUUAUUUUUUAUAUAUAAUUGUAACUUUGCAAAUGUUAGUUUUUUUUUUUUUUUUUUUUUUU